UCUGUCUCUCCUCCACCUCCGCCGAAAUGCCUUGCGGUUUACUCAAUCUCUGCGAGUAUGACACACACAAACUCGUCAAAAUCAAAAGUGUUCGACUCGGGUCUCUGAAAUGGAUGUUGAACGGGAUUGUUUUGAUGUUCAUCUGCAUCAUGCUCUUCUGGAAUAAGGAGUAUCAGGCCUAUGACCUUGUGGUGAGCUCCGUGACCUCCAAGGUAAAGGGCGUGGCCCAGACAACUAUACCUGGAAUAGGUGAGGUGGUGUGGGAUGUAGUGGACCAUAGCGGACCUUCACAGGGGAAGAAUUCAUUUUUCGUGGUGACCAAUGUCAUCUCCACUAAACAGCAGAAGCAAGGAAGGUGCCCAGAGACUCCACAGGGAGGGAGGUCGUGCCGCUCAGACAAAGACUGUGAGAAAGGAUACUGGGACCAACACAGCCACGGUGUGCAGACGGGUGUGUGUGUGCGUUUCGAUGUCACCAGGAAAACCUGUGAGGUGGCGGCAUGGUGCCCUGUGGAGAGUAAGACACGGCCCCCAAGGCCGGCUCUACUGGCAUCAGCAGAGAACUUCACCGUCCUCAUCAAGAACAACAUCAGAUUCCCAGCAUUCAACUACAUCAGGCGUAACAUUCUGCCGGAGAUGACGGACGUCUACCUGAAGAGGUGUGUGUUCCACCGCCGCUUGGACCCCUACUAACCCAUAUUCCGCCUCGGGGACAUUGUCACCGCUGCCAACGAGAACUUCAAGGAGAUGGCACUAGAGGGGGGCGUGAUUGGCAUCCAGAUCAACUGGGACUGUGACCUCAACCGCUUCUUCCACAGGUGUCUACCUCAGUACUCUUUCCGCCGUCUGGAUGAGAAGGAAAGCAACCGUACACUCUACCCAGGACUAAACUUCAGGUUUGCCAGAUAUUACACUGAGAACGGCAGUGAGUACCGGAACCUCUUCAAGGCGUUUGGAAUCCGCUUUGACGUCAUGGUGUUUGGCAAGGCCGGGAAAUUCAGCCUCAUACAGCUGAUUCUCUACAUUGGAUCAACACUCUCCUACUACGCUCUGACCACAGUGUUUCUUGAUUGGCUGAUCGGGACCAGCUGCUACUCCAGGGAGGUGGGACAUUACUUGGACAGGAAGUUUGAAUCCGUUCGAGACCAACAGGAGAAUUUACUGUGUGUUUCGUUUGUGGACGAGGAUAAAGUACGGGUGGUGAAGAGGUCCAAAAAGAAGAGUCUUCAGGAUGUGAAGCCCCUGUCCCUCCACCACAAGAAGGAGGAUGCGGCCGUCUUCAGGGCUCUGAUUGGUGGGCUUCAGGCACCAGGGAGCAUCGCCGUGGCGACCCAGAACGGCAUCAGCAAAGCGACAAAAGCAGCUGAGGAGAGAGUGGCGGAGGAGGGAGGUGGCCAGAGAAGCAGCAGGAGAGAGAGCUGUGACGAAGAGGAGGCGCGGAGCGGUGCCGGUGGCAGUGGCCGGAAGGAGGCGCAGGGGGAGGGGGGCGUGCUGCUGGAGAUGGCGGAGGCUGGCGGAGCGGGGGGAGUGGGCGGUUCGGGCGAUGGUGCCGGCAGCCCCUCCCCGUCGUGGUGCCGCUGUGGCAGUUGCACCCCCGGUGGUCGUCUUGAGGAACAGCUGUGCUGCCGGAGGGGGCGUGGCCACUGCAUCAGCUCCUCCCCCAUCUUCUCUCCGCUGGUGCUGAGCCGUUCAACUCUGCACACGCUAAUGCUCUACAGGAGCCCCCUCGCAGAGCUGCACCAGGGGGACCAGCUCCACCAGGAGGCCCAGCUCCAGCAGGAGGCCCAGCUGCACCGUGAGGCCUACGCUCAGUACAUCAGCUGGCGCUUUGGGGACACGUUACCUCUGGACGCCACGCCGGUCGUCCCCAGCUGCUGCGCGGCCAAGAUCAGAGCAGCGUUCCCUGGCUCUGACUAGCGAAGCCUUCCCCUGCACUCGUAUAGUAUAGGGUUAGCCCGAAGGCACCAGCCUGACCAGCCUGGCCCUACACUGACGCAGCAUUCCUCAGCUCUGAUGACUCCCAAAGCAGCCUUCCCCAGGACCACUGCGGCCUCCCCUGGAUCUGAUGACCAACAGCCUUCUAAUGCCCGUGUACACCAGAAAAGAGUAGCCUUCCCCGGCCCUGAGGGCCAGUCCAAUGGCCUCACUCUCCCUCUGAGCAUCUGAUCAAUCACAGCAGCUGCCUCACUCCCUCCCCUGAACAUUUGACCAAUCACAACAGGCCUCACUCUCCCCUGAACAUCUGACCAAUCACAGCAGCUGCCCCACUCUCUACUGAACAUCUGACCAAUCACAGCACUGUGGCCUCUCACUCCCCCUGAACAUCUGACCAAUCACAGCAAGUUUCUCAGACCGCCUCUAUCCAAUCAGCAGAGCGGGCUCAAACUCGACCAAUCACAGCACUGUGGCCUCACUCUCCCCCUGAACAUCUGACCAAUCACAGCAGCUGCCCCACACUCCCUCCGUAGAGCAGCAGCCUCACUUUGCCUCGUUCAUGCAGCUAUGCAGUCGAGGUUGAAAAGACCUCCUGAACUUGUGAGAACUGUACGGUUAUGCAUGUGGACGCCCUGUAUGCCCAUCGCCCAUGCGCCCAUGUCCAUGCAAUAUAUCCAUGAAAUAUGCGUUUCCUAGCUAUUCGAGAUGUUCAUAUCUUUUUCUCACGUCUCACUAACAGAUCUCAGCACAGUUAUGCUUGCUUUUGCACUCACUCAGGGGACAAACUCCCAAACUCCCAACAGAGUCAGGGUUUCCCCCAGCACUUUAUUGCUAAGGCGGCCACCUUGACAAGAAACACCUACCACCUUGACUAGGUCCCCUGAAAAGAUAAAGAUUUCAUGUUGUGAAUGUAAUUUCUUAAGUUUCUUAACCAAAAAAUAUAUACUUUUAACGCCCCACCACCUUGACUAACAAAAAUUCUGCGGGAGACAACAAAGGCCCUCUAACGUCUUCGCUAACCCCUUUCUUGUUGACUGA